AUGCCUGACGAAUCGGUGAGGCUCGACCCUACCGCCAUCACUUUUUUGGGCGAACCCUUUGAGCUUGUACCAGUAGUGCACGACAUCCUUCGCACGCGCUAUUGUGUCCCUGAGACCAUCUUUCUCGUCGAGGGUAUUGAUCGAGUUUCCGUCUCGCGCUCAGGAAGAUGGCAGGCCAUUCGAAUUGUCCUUGGUGAUGGAGCGCUGUGCAUCCAAGCCCUUUUGGGCAGCGACAUGCAUCGAUUUGUGCAGACGGGAGAUAUUGCUCUAGGGGCCUAUGUUCGAUGCAAGACGUUCCACGCCAAGUGGCAGGAUGUCCGUGGACAGAGUAUGGUUACCUUGGUCGUGGAUGACCUGAUCACUAUCGGCUGGAAUGAAUCGUAUCGGAUACUCCAGGAGGAAGAUGAACUCAUGACACAGCAAUACCCAGACCCGGCAACUCAGAAUGAUCAAGAUGCCAAGCCGACACAGAACCCACCGGAGCAGCUGGAAGAGAAGCUGGAAGAGCCCUCCAAACCCCAACAAGAUAUGGACUUUGAUGACGACGACGAAGAAGUCGUCGAGGAAGCCUUUGAGGCGUUCGAAACUCUGAUGCAUGCCCCGAAACCCAAGACACCACAAAAGACACCAACGUCCAAGCAACCAAUUGCCCUCCCACGCGAUUGGCACAAUCCCCAAACACCUCUCAAGCUGACCACUCUACGAUCGAUCCCGCAUCUACCAUACAAGCAAAACUGGUCCUGCAACGUCCUCGCCAUCAUUGCGUCCCUCUCAGAUCUGGAGCCAUCGAACCUGCCACCCUACAGACAGAGGACAGCACGGCUCGUCGACCCCUCUACGGCCAAACAGGUGCAUUUAACUGUGUUCCUCGACCCUGAGCAGUUCGGCCCUCGGAUUGGUAGUGUAGUUCUGCUAGUGGGAGUCAAGAACCACCGUUUUGAUGGUGGGAGUCUGAAGAAGUAUGAGAGCGAUCGCAAGAAUGGACGGUGGUGGUUUGAGAAUCCGGUGGAGUUGAAUUGGUGUGAUGUGGAAGGAAUCAAAGCCUGGUGGUCUGAAGUGACCCAGAUUACAGAAUCGGGAGGUUAA